AUGGCCGCGCGAGGGACCACGGAGCCCCAGGCCGCCUCUGCGCGACCCGGCGUCGGCGACAUCUUGCUUGUAAUCCACGACUUCCAAGCGCGGAGUUCAGACGAGCUGAGCCUGACCAAGGGCGACCGCGUUGAAUUGAUCGAAAGGGACGACGAGUUCGGCGAUGGCUGGUUCCUAGGCAAGCAUCUGGUAUCCGGGAACAGUGGGCUCUUCCCCGAGGUCUACACCCGCCCCGCUCCGAGGGGUGCGCCCAACGCGCCCAUGACGAGUCCCAAGCCUCCAGCAAAUCUCUUCAAGCCCGUCCCGACCCCGCCGACAGAGUCCUCCAGGCCCGAUCCCAGUCCGACGACCCCGGCAACAGCUGCCGAUGUGCCCAAGACCAUUACGACCGCGCCGACCCCGAAGGCCACCUCAUCACCCUCCAUCGCCCCGAAGCCAGUCUCGACCCCUUCCCUGUCAUUCGGCUCCCUGAAAGGCCCCAGCCCGACAUCUUCCUCGCCGGCAAUCCCCACCUUCUCAAAUAGCAACAAGAGCCUGCCCUCACUGGCCUCAUCGGGCAUGAAGCCCGAAACCCCCCGCAUGGCGUCGGGCCAAACCGACAGCUAUGUGCUCAACGAGACCCUAAACGUGAUAGACGAGCACAUUACCGAGACGUUGCGAUCGACGCCCAACAAUGGCCACAACGACUCGGGCAGCGAGUACAGCUCACACCUGGACCACCGCAUGUCGUACAUCCAGGGCGAGGAGACGGACGAGGAGGAGGAAAAUAUGCACACGCGCCCAGAGGUCCAGGCCUGGUCGGCUGACAACGUUGCCGAGUACCUCUUCACGGCAGGCGUCGAGAAGCACCACUGCGAGGUGUUUAGGGACCAGGAGAUCACGGGCGAGGUGCUGCUCGAAAUGGACCAGACGUCCAUCUUUAUCAAGGCCUUUGACCUGGGCUCGGUGGGGCGGCGGCUUAAGACGUGGCAAAAGAUCAAGGCGCUGCAUGACGAGGUCAACGGGCUGGGGGCCCGCAGGACCACGCACACCCACGGAAGUGACGUUGGGUCCAUGGACGGCGGCAGGGGCAGCAGGAGCAGGAGCAGGACAAACACGCUGACGAGCACGGGCCCACCACGGCUGCCGGCCAUAGACAGCCACUCGGCGUCACUGGUGCAGGGAAGCAAACGGCGCUCCGUCACGCAAACGCAAUUCGAGCCCGUGUCACCUGUCUCGCCCGCCUCGCCCUCCUCAAGACCGCACCACGAGCAGCGGCCGUCGGCUGCAUCCGUCCGUGACCUGCACCACUCCCGCCGCCACUCUUCCUCCACCGACUUCCGCAUCACGGGCACCACCAUCCACACCCCCACCGCCACUCCCAGACUGCCUCUUGGUAGCACCCUCCCGCAGCCCGACGCCGUUACCUCGCAUCGGAAGCAACCCUCUUUCGACCGUAACUGGACUUUAGGCAGUGCAACCUCGGCCUCCAACUCGGGCGCUCACACCACGGGCCCGCGCCCUCUCUCGUCUGCCGGCUUCCCCCAGGAUUUCCUGGCCGUUUCCAACGACAAGGACUCGCUUGACCUCGACCGCGGCUACUUUUCCUCCACCGACGUCGACGGCCGGAAGCGCAACGUGCUCAAGAAGCGAGACAGCGUGACGGCUCAUUCCCGCACAGGAUCCAAGGGCAACAGCUACGCCGACGAGCAGAGGGUGCGCAGCGCCACGGCGCUCACACGGCACUCUCGCGCUUUCGGCAGCAUCGACUCCACCCGCGACCAGCCCGUCUCACCUGCCGCUCAGAAAUACUACGGAAUGGCCACCACACCCCACCGCCGGACCGCGUCCACCAACACCACCGACUCCUCGAUCCGACCCACCCUCCCCCUCAAGGACGCGCCCCCGCCAACAGUAACGAAACUGGACGGGAAUACGCCAAGAGACGGAGCCCGCGCAUCGCCAAUCACCCCCAACUCACCAGCAGUAGCACCAAAGCAAGGCAUCCAUGUCGACUGGUUGUCCAAGCCGGGGCUCAAGAAUGGCGGCUUCGGGCUGAGAGCCAUCUCGGACGCGGUGACGGGCCACGAACGCUCCAAGGUCGCCUCGCCCAUCGACUCGCCGUCCAAGGACUCUCCCAUCCACUCCCCGGCAAGGACCGGAUCCAGCACGCCGUCGGUCGGCCCGAGCUUCGACCUGGACUCGCCCAGCGCAAAGAGCCCCAGCACGACAACGACGGCCCCGCCGGCGCGAAUGCCCAAGAGGAAGGGCAAGAAGGACACCAGCGCAUACCUUAAAGGUCUCGCCAAGGUGACCCCGCGCGAGGCCAUGGCCGGCGCCGACUAUAGUGGGUGGAUGAAGAAGAAGAGCUCCAACCUGAUGACGACGUGGAAGCCGAGGUUGUUUGUCCUCAAGGGGAGGCGGUUGGCGUAUUACUACUCCGAGGACGACGAUCAGGAGAAGGGCCUGAUCGACAUUUCCUUCCACCGCGUGCUGCCGGCCGACAACGAAAGGUUAACGGGCCUGCACGCCACGCUGACGGGCGCGUCGACCACGCCAACGAUACCGGCGGGCAGCCAAAUGCAGACGCUUGCGGCGACCGACGCCGAGCGCGACGUUACGGAGGAGGCCGACACAAUAUUCAUCUUCAAGCUGGUACCGCCACGCGCCGGCCUGUCACGUGCCGUCAACUUUACGAAGCCCAUGGUGCACUACUUUGCCGUGCCCAACGUGAAGCAGGGCAGACUCUGGAUGGCGGCGCUGAUGAAGGCGACCAUCGACCGCGACGACAUGCAGCCGAUAACGACCACGUACCAGCAAAAGACCAUAUCACUAUCCAAGGCGCAGAAGAUGAGGCACCGCCCCCCGGCCCUCAUGAACCUGGACGAAAAGCUGUCCGAGGUGGGGAGUAUGAUGAGCACCGGGACGGGCGAGGGCGACGACGAGAGCAGCACAAAGAACGGCAUCACCAAGAACCCCGACGCAAUCGGCGGCGGCCUCGGUAUCGUGUUUGACGAGAACGACAGCGGAGUAUCCGGGCUGGAAAAGCUCGGGUUGCAAAAGGUUGAAAGUGCGCGUUCGAGGCAGUUUCCAUUCGAAGCUAAAGAGUCCAGCAUGCCGCAGAGCGCCUAAGGCAGGCGCUCUUGGGCGGGAGCCGGGAAGGGCAUAAUUAAAUAAUUCGAAAGUGUGCUCCCCUUGAUGCUUCUAUCGUCUGAUUUUCAACCCCAUAUAUACAAUCCAAGACCAUGUACACUUGCAGAGACGACUGGGUAAGGAGGGAUGGAAGGGAGCAAAGUGUGGCGCCGGUUGUGAUAUAUCUGCGACGGUUGUGCAAUGGACUUUGAGAGCACAGAGAGACCAGACAGGAUGAGGGGAUCGACGGGUUUGGGAUCGCGGUGGCGAUGUGCCUCCUCGAUAUCUGCUUCCGACGUCUUGUUUUCCCAUCCGCCCGUCUUUUUUUCCUUUCCACUCCCUUUGAGUCGUGCCCCUCAUCCUGUUUCUCGAGACUCUGCUCAUAAGCCCAGUUUUCAGACGAUGGUUUCCCAUUCUUCAUGUUCAACAGCUUAAUUUCCACAGUAUUCCCAGCUUUACAUUACUUUCCUCUUCCUCUUGCCUUUUUUUUUUUUCGUUUUUCGUUUUUCGUCCUCCCACCCCCUUUUUUUCAUUUGUUUGAUGAAGUCAGGUGCUUUAUCGUUUACAACCCCUCGCCGGCACCGGAUGGGCAAUGGGAGGGGCUUUCUCCUUUCUUUUGUCCUUUGUCUUUUGAUUGGUUGUAUGAUGCCAGGCAGUUUUGUUUUCAUGAACAACCCUGAUUGAUAGGGGAAGAGACAGACCUUGUGCGUGGAGUGUGGGAUCUAGCGGGACUGAAAGAAAGAAGAAGAGAAAGAAAGAAAGCCAUGUUUCAUUUUUUUCCCAUCCCGAUUUUUCACUAUAUGUGUCGUCGUGAAGAGUUCCAGUGCGGUUUUAGCGCAGCCCUGGCUCGAAUACGGGAAAUACGGGAAAUACGGAUAAAGUGAGCAGCAUGGUUCUCUCAAGACAAACGAAACGUGUGCCAGUUGUGCCAGAAUCUGCACGCCUGCACCAGGGCUGUUGCAUGGGCUGAACGGGAUGCGCCAGCUAGGGUGUGGUGUUGGGGCUCGGAGGGGAAGGGGCGAACCCCGUCGUCAUUGGCGUUGGAGGUUUAUUGACAGCACAGCCAAAUGUCAUCAUCACUCUGCCCCCUCGGACUCUUGUUGUCUGUUGCCACGAGAAACGAAGCCGUUUGGACGACUCGUUCCUGCUUCACCACCCAAACAGCCCUGCCGGACGCUCCGACGCCCCGAACCUCGGUUUUGGUGUUGUUCGAUUGGAAUGCGCAACGUCUUCUGCUCUAGGGCGAGCGUCGUAGGACAAUAAAAGAAAUAAAAGAAAGGAAAAAAACGG